CUAUCACCCCCAUUCAACACCAACUCUCUCUCUCUCUCUCUCUCUCUCUCAAUCUCUCUCAAAUGAGCUGAUUUCAGUGCUCACCAUCCCAACAAGAAACAAUGCACUGCCUUUUGGCAACUGCCACAUGACUGUUUUUCUCCCUUUUUUUUCUUCUUAUUUUCUUCAGAGAUCAACCCUGGUAGUACUAGCAGUAGUAGGAGUAGUAGUACAAAAACUACACCAAUCCAUACAGUCCGUGCACCAAAAGCCUUUUGCCUUUUUCUUCCUCCCUCUCCUCCUCCUCCAUUUCCCAAGAUCAAGAAAGAAACAGGCUGCUUGUGCAGACAAAUCGUUGGUUUGGGUUGAGUGCACACGAGGAUCAAGAGGGGAGGAGAGGAAGAGGACAACCUGCUGGUCACAAUAUCUGCAUUAGUUUUUUUAUCUUUGGAUUCCCUGGGUUUUCAUGGUAUCUUGUCAGAGAGGCACAGAGGCCUUUGUGUUCUUGCUGUUCCCUUUGUCUUCUCCACUUCUCCUCCUCUUCAGCCAGCGAGGUGAGUGAGUGAGAGAGAGGGUCAAUGCGAUGCCACCGCCGCCAUUGACGCCUCUCUCCUCCUCCUCCUCCCGCUUCUUCUUCUUGCUGGUGCUGGUGCUGGUGCUGAGCUGCUCGUUGCCGGCCAAUGGGAGGACUCACCGGUCGCCGGCGGCGGCGGCCUCGCCUUCUCCUGGACCGGGGCCUUCACCGGCGCCGGCGACACCGCGGGUUGUUCCCCCUGCUCCGGCUCCGGCUACCGGAGGUGGAGGUGGAGGUGGAGGCAUCUUCUCCUCGAAUGGCAGCCUCGCCGUGACUCCCGCCGCCGCCGCCGCCGCGGUGGCGCCUUCUCCUCCCUUGGGUGCAGUGGCAGCAAUGGAGCAGAGGCAACACCAUCAUUUCCACAAGGAGCUUAUCAUUGCCAUUGGCCUUGCAUCCGUCGCCGGCAUGGCGAUCGUCGCCACCGUAUUGUAUGCCUGCAUCCUGUGCCGGCAUUCUCACCGAGCCCAUGACUCCAAGAACAUCCGAAGCAGCUCAGAUACCGCAAGGGUUGCGUUGGUGCCGAUGCUGAACAAGUUCAACUCAAUGAAGACUAACAAGAAAGGACUUGUCGCGAUGAUGGAGUAUAAUACACUUGAGACGGCGACCGGGAAGUUCAGUGAGAGCAAUUUGCUUGGAGCUGGUGGGUUUGGGUGUGUGUACAAGGCCAAUUUUGAAGGAGGACUUGUUGCUGCCGUCAAGAGAUUUGGCCACAGGGGACAGGACUGUGAGAAGGAAUUUGAGAAUGAGCUAGAUUUACUUGGCAGUAUUCGGCAUCUGAAUAUAGUGUCCCUUUUGGGCUUCUGUAUUCAUGAAGAGAACCGUUUCAUUGUUUAUGAGCUGAUGGAGAAUGGAUCACUGGAAGCACAACUUCAUGGACCAUCACAUGGGUCGGCUCUAAGCUGGCACAUUCGGAUGAAGAUUGCUCUUGACACAGCAAGGGGAUUAGAAUAUCUUCAUGAACACUGCAAUCCACCAGUUAUCCAUAGGGAUCUGAAGUCAUCUAACAUACUUUUAGAUUCAGAUUUCAAUGCUAAGAUUUCAGAUUUCGGCCUUGCAGUGACCAGUGGGAAUCACAGCAAAGGAAGUUUGAAGCUUUCUGGGACAUUGGGCUAUGUAGCUCCCGAGUACUUGUUAGAUGGGAAGUUGACUGAGAAGAGUGAUGUAUAUGCGUUUGGAGUAGUACUUCUUGAACUUCUGUUGGGAAGGCGGCCUGUUGAGAAGACAGCACAAUCUCAGUGCCAGUCAAUUGUUACAUGGGCCAUGCCUCAGCUAACUGACCGAUCAAAGCUCCCUAACAUAAUUGACCCCAUGAUCAAGAACACAAUGGAUCUGAAGCACUUGUACCAAGUUGCUGCGGUGGCUGUGCUCUGUGUGCAGCCAGAACCAAGUUACAGGCCACUAAUCACAGAUGUACUCCACUCUCUGAUUCCCCUAGUCCCCAUGGAGCUUGGAGGGACACUGAGGAUUUCCCCGGAAUCACCUUGCGCAACUCGAAAGCAGUCUCCCUGUUGAGAAAGAAAAGGAAAUGCGUGAUCGGAAUGCGGUGAUUCAGUGAGUUCAUAUCACCCAAGUGGUUCGGAUAACUUAUGGUGUUGAGUGCAGGUUAUUGUUUCUUGCUUGAAUUGCCUUCAUUGGUGCUUGCCUGAGGUUGAGUGUGCUCUCCUAGUGACCUUCAACUUGUUGAUUCAUUUCAUAGAUUUUCGGGGUUUGCGUAGGCUGUAUAAAGAAGCAAGUAAAGAGUGUUCCCCCCUUCCCCCCCCCCAUUGGAUCUGAUUACUGCUGUAAAUAUUAAAGAUUUUCAUACUGUAACUCAAUAGCAUUGAAGAAAUCUUUGGCCAUGCUCAAUGUGCCACAUUGUGUCUUACACUCACA